AUGGAGAAAUACUAUCUCAUUUGCUACCGUUGCCAGCUCCAAAUCCUCGAAGCCCUCGAAAUUGGCCUCGACCUGCCACCCACGACCCUAACCAAGCGCCAUGACCAACAAGAGAAUGAGAUGCGACUUGCACAUUAUCCAGCCGUCCCCAUGGCCAAUUUGCUCCCUGAUGCGAACGGCACCCGAAUCGCCAAGCAUACGGAUUUUGGCAGCAUCACACUUCUUUUCCAGGACUCAGUGGGUGGAUUGGAAAUCGAGAAUCCGGCUUUCCCGGGCCAAUAUGACCCAGUGAUAUCGACGAAGAUCGAUGAGAUGAUCGUCAACCUGGGCGAUUGUCUUCAGCGCUGGAGUAAUGAUCGGCUGCGGUCCACGCGGCACCGAGUGCACAUUGCUCAGCAGGAUAUCCAGCUUCAGUCCUCAGAGCUGCCAGCUCGAUUCUCAGUCGCGUAUUUUGCCAAACCGAACAGGACUAGUUCGGUGAAGUCGUUGCCUGAGAUGUGUGGAGAAGGUGAAGUUCCGCGGUAUGAGGAUCUGACGGCGGGGGAGUUUUUGUUGCAGCGGUCGUGGACUGGGUAUGGUGUUGCUGGUUAG